AUGACUGCUGCGACUGCAGUUAUCCAAGAUAGAGAUAUCACCGUUAUCUUGCCUACAGAAACCCCAACCGCGACGAUUGAUCCGCAGCAGUGUCAGACACAUAAUCUGACCGAAUACUUCGCUUACCAGAAGCCAUCGGGCGCAUUUGUAUCAGCCAUAUGGUCGCACGCAACCAGGUUUCUCAAGCCCUACAGCUCGACUGCUGCCUCUGGAAUUCGUGGUUGCCCCUUUUCUGAGUCCUCCGACUGGUGUAGUCUCCGCACUUCCAUUUCCGCGUCUUGCCCCAUUGGCUGGUUCAAGGCAAUGCGUUCAUUUUCUGGUGGCGCAACAUGGCUAAAUGAAACUAUUAUCUCCGGCGGGUGCUAUACCGAAGCCGAUCCAACGUCUGGCUCCGGCGCAUUGGGCGGCCAAUGGUAA